AUGCUGGAGCAUGGCCAGUGGGGUUCUCUGUGCGAUGACACGUGGGACCUGGAGGAUGCCCACGUGGUGUGCAAACAACUGAGCUGCGGCUGGGCUAUCAAGGCCCUGCCAGGCUUGCACUUUGCCCCAGGCCAAGGACCCAUCCACCGGGACCAGGUGAACUGCUCUGGGGCCGAGGCCUAUCUGUGGGACUGCCCAGGGCUGCCUGGAGACCUCUACUGUGGCCAUAAGGAGGACGCUGGUGUGGUGUGCUCAGAGCACCAGUCCUUGCGCCUAACUGGAGGCACUGACCGCUGUGAGGGGCAGGUGGAGGUACACUUCCGUGGGGUCUGGAACACAGUGUGUGACAGCGAAUGGUACACACCAGAAGCCCAGGUGCUCUGCCGGGCCUUGGGCUGUGGGACCAUGACCCUAAUACCCAAGGGGCUGCCCCACUCCCUGCCUGGCCGGAUGUACUACUCAUGCAAGGGACAUGAGCCAACCCUCUCGAACUGUUCCUGGCGGUACAACAACUCCAACCUCUGCAGCCAAUCCAGGGCAGCCAGGGUCCUCUGCUCAGGUUCCCAGAAGUUGCUCAAUCUGUCCACUUCUGAAGUUGUUACAAGUGUACUGCCGGUCACCAUAGAGCCUUCUGUGACAGUGCAAAUGGAGGGCUGGAAAUCCCGGGAGCUAAUGCUCCUCAUCUCCUGCAUCACUCUGGGAGCGCUCUUCCUUGGCUCGCUCAUCAUCAUUAUCGUCAUCCUCUUGAAAGUCAAAGGAAAAUACGCCCUCCCUGCUACCGUGAACCACCAACACCUACCCAGCACCACCCCAGCAGGGAUCAAUAGCUAUCAAGAGGUCCCCAUCACCAUCCCCAAAGAAGAAGUUCCCAAGCUGCCCAUCCAGGUCUGGGCCCCACCCCCCGCGGACUCAGACUCCAGCUCGGACUCAGACUAUGAGCACUAUGACUUCAGCGCCCAGCCUCCUGUGGCCCUGACCACCUUCUACAAUUCCCAGCGACACCGAGUCACAGAUGAAGAGGUCCGGCAGAACAGGUUCCAGAUGCCCCCCCUGGAGGAAGAUCCCCCCUCCCUGGGCCCUCAGCAUCACCCAAGGAGCAACAGUGGGUCCAGUACAUCGUCUGGGGAGGACUACUGCAAUAGUCCCAGCAGCAGGCUCCAUCCAUGGAACCCUCAGGGCUUUUCUUCAGAGAAGAGCCCCUUCCUGGAGCAGCCCCCGAACUUGGAGCUGGCUGGCUCCCAGGGAACUUUUUCAGGGCCCUCGGCUGAUGACAGCUCCAGCACCUCUUCCGGGGAGUGGUACCAGAACUACCAGCCGCCGCCCCAGCCCCCUCCGGCGGAGCAGUUUGGGAGCCCAGGAUCCCCCAGUCCCCGGCCUGAUUCCACCGACAAUGAAGACUAUGAUGACAUCGGAGCAGCUUAG